CGAACGGGGAAGGGAAAAAAACGACAGGGUAUAUUUAUCGAGAGGGCAGGGGCGCUCCGGUGCCGCGGUUCGCGCGCCGUGGACGCUGGUUUCGUCUCCACGCGCAGGGAGUUGCGGUCUCUCUCCCCCCCCAUUUUCAUUUAUUUCUGAUUUAAAUAUUAUUCCUCUUUCUUCGUUUCGAUUCUCCAAGCGGAGCAAAACAUGAGAAACCGAACAGAAGAAAAGCGAGAUUAUGUUUGUUUUCUGUGAAUACUGAUCCAUGUGAGUACUCCUAUGCUCACCUUGUUUGCUUUUCUUCUCCCCUUUGAUUUGUUUGAUGAUCCGGGCGUGUUUUGAUAACAAAAGAUCUGUUUACUAUAUGGAAGUAGUUUUCCACAAAAUGAUUCGACUUUGGUUGGUUUUUUGUCAUGGGCCUUGAAGAUUUUUGAGGAUGGUUUUGACGAUCCAUAAUUCCAUAUGCACUAAUAUUCACAGGCAACAAAUAGUUAAGAGAAUCCUCUUGCUUUUGGGCUUAUAAUGGCGCUGCCAGUACUCAUAUUUUAAUUGUCUUUAUUAGUAAAUUUGUUUAUUUCUUUCGUUAAUGAUGAUGGUUUUCUGUGACAUAUGUCUCAUUUAUUGCAUUUGAACUUUGAUGGAUAAAAAAUGAUAUAGAGAAGGAGAAAACUGUUACUUUGGGUUUCUGAAGUAAAAAUACUUGUGUUGCUAUCUCUUUGUUUGAUUAUUCCCUGAUGAAGUCUAUACGGAUUUGUUGAUUUAGCCAUUUAGGUUUGCCUUCCAAAUGUUUCUUAGAUUAACAGGAGUCUGUUUCUGGUUAUAAGUUUUAUGACAGUAUAACAUGUUUUUCUAGUACAUCUUUUUGGUGAAUUUACUUUCACUUGAGCCAUCAGUACCGAGUUUUAUAUCCUUGCAAAGAUUUAGCUGAAGUGGUACUUCUCGUUUCCUCGCUUCUAGUGGGGUGCUAAUCUUGUUGUUCUUUCUAUUGCCAGCACAUUAGUAAAGGAGAAAUUACAGAGUAAAAAGAAGAUAUGGCAUUUGGGGCCAAAGAAAUAAUCGUAUAUAUCAGAAGAACUAGUUACAUAUUUGUUUGCGAUCAUCCGUUUAUUAUUGGCAUGGUGUUUUUUGUCCUUAUACUGUAUAGCUUUUUUCCUUCUCUAUUUGUUUUCCUGGUUUCUUCCUCUCCUGUCAUUGUCUGCACUGCCAUUCUUCUUGGAACCAUUCUCAUUUAUGGUGAACCAAAUAUCCCUGAAGUCGAAAAGGAGGAUAGGAAGACUCAGAGGCUUAGUCCUCUUAAGGUUGGGGCUGUAGCCAAUUUGGAAGGUAGAAGAGAAACUAGGGAAAUGGCUGUCAGAGAUGCUGCUUUGGGCAAUGGAAGGGCUAGUGUCGGUAGUGAGGCAGUGGCACAGAAUGAGAGAUAUGCCAGGGGUGAUAGUUCCAUGGCUGAAAGAUCUGUGGUUGAUGAAGACAAGAAAGAGAAUUAUGGCAAGAAGGUGAGCGAAGUUAAGAAAAUUCAUGGUCAUGGAAUUGCUAAGAAGAAAGAAGCUUCUUCAGAAAAGCUAGCUGCAGGUGGACCAAAAGCAGGUAAGGAUAUUGGCAGCGCAACCACCUCGAAUCAAAGGAAGGCUAAGGAUCCUAAGAAGGGUGUUGAUAUGCCUACUUCAGACAAUGGCCUUGUUUCAUCUUUGGGUUCACCUUGGCAUCAUGUUGAUCAUCAUGAUGCUUCUUCAGGUUCUGAAUUGGACCAAGCUGAAAGUUCGUCUCCUGAUGCUGCUUCUAUGUCUGACAUCAUGCCAAUGCUUGACGAGCUUCACCCGCUUUUAUUAGACUCAGAAGCUCCUCAUCCUGCUCUUCUAUCGAAAGACAACUCAGAUGCUGCCUCCAUAGGGUUCUCAGAUGAUGGUAGUGCAGAGGAAGAAGCUGAAAACCAGGAUGAUGAAGAUGAUGAAGAAGGACAGGAGAAAGAUGACGAAACUAAACCUGUGGUAACAUGGACAGAAGAUGAUCAGAAGAAUCUUGUGGAACUUGGAAAAUCUGAACUGGAAAGGAAUCGGAGGUUGGAGAAUGUAAUUGCAAAGCAAAGAGCAAGAAAGUUAAUGGAGAAAAAUUUAAUAGACUUGGAUAGUAAUGACUCAUUGCCAAGCAUAGAAGAGCUGUCUCGCUUUCAGAUUCAGAUUCCAACUGUUUUUGCUCCAAGAAGGAAUCCCUUUGAUCUUCCUUAUGAUGCAGAUGAAAUUCCUGGUUCCGCUCCUUCUAGACUACUGCCGAGACAAAAUCCUUUUGAUCUUCCUUAUGAACAACCACAUGUAACUGGUAAUUCCAUUGUGGAGAAUUUGAGCCAGCAAGAGGUUGUGACAAAUCAGCAGCGAGAUAUGUUAUUUAGAAGGCAUGAGAGCUUCACUUCAGGAGCAUUAUUUCUUGGGGAUCUUACACAAGAGAGGCACACAUUUAGGUUCAAACCCUAUUUUGUUGCGGAGAGGACUGAUACAGAGGAGACAGGAUUUGCUGAUGAUCAGAGAGAAUCAAGUGAGGAGAGUGACUUGAAGUCAAGUUCAAAAUCUGAUGCAAUAUCUUUAGUUACUGAGCAGGAAUCUCAUAAAGAGCUACCAGAAGAAGAACUUCACCGAGAGAGUGAUUCUAUUGCGUACCAUGAUGCUGAAAACAGUGAGCUAGAAAGUCAAUCCUCCGAAGCUGAUUCAGUGGAUGUCGAAAAACUACAGAGUGGGAUUAGUCCAAGUGAUGAUCACAGCAGGGUCAUGGAAGAAGCUCAUCAAGCUGCUGAAGUAUUUGGAGAAGUUGGAGAGGAAACCAGUGAAGAAUUGGAGCCAAACGCUAUUAUUUCAGAUGCUGAGAAAGCUGAAGUAAUUGAGGAGAAGUAUGAGUCAGGCUCCUCCACUUCAUCAGGAGAGAAUGUGAAGAGUACCAAAGCAAGCGUUAAUGAACAAGCAGCUAGUAUGGAGAAAACAAGGGGCAUUUCCCCCACAGUUUCUGUUGGUUCCAGUGAAUCAGUUACUGCAAAUUCUGAUAUCCAGAGUAGGGAAGCAGAGCAAAUUGAUGAUAGUCAAGUUGCAGAGCCUGUUUAUGACUCUAGCCCAUCAGCAAUUGAAAAAACCCAAUCUAAUGUUUCAGCACUUGAUGAAGCUCUAUUUGGUGCAGGUAAAGAAGGUUACAAUUCCCAUGACUCUUCGACGUCUGAUAUGCAAGCAAAUGUCUCAUUAGUGGGUUCUCCUCCAAGGACAGCUGAGCGGAAUGCUUCCUUGGGAGAAAGCACAGGACAAGAGCUGGCAUCUGCUGGCCAAGUGUUUUGGAUUGCAUCGAGUUUAGCUUCUGUCGAGGAGAAUGAAUCAAGAUCAAGGGAGAUAUCUGAGAUCAGGGAGCGUGAUGUUAUUGGAGAUGACCUAUACGGAGUCCAUGAUGAUUUGGUUCAUCCAAUUUUGCCUAUAUUGCCAAAGGCAUCAAGUGAGCGGUGGUUGCAUCGCUCAAGUUUGUCUUCGCGCCGCUCAAGCUUAUCUUCAGUGGGGACUGAAUCAAGUGAAGGUUCCCUCAAUGUUUCAGUCCGGGCAUCAUGUAUAGAUGGCGAAGUAACUAAAGAAGCAGAAAAGGAACAAUAAUUCUAAGGUUACACCAAUGAAACCCUGCUCGAAAUGCCGCCCUCGCUUCCACCAGAUCCCAGACCUCCUCACCUCCUCCACCAAUGCCAUCGUCCGUGCCUCCUGCAAGCUACCCUGCAUUGUUGAAGCAUGUUCAGCCCAGAGCAUAGACAAAGGUCUGAUGGCCUUUGCUUUAUCUGUGCUUGAGCUCAAGCUCGCCUUCCUCUCCUCCUCAGCUGGCAUGUAUCAGGUCUACCCUCACCACCUCGUUGCCUCUGGCAGGCUUGCUGGCAUGGCCUCCACCUCUGCAUUACCUUCAUAUCAGCAACCAGAUCAACCUUCAUGGCUUUGUUGCCAAUGGAAUGCUCACUGUGGGAUCUCCAGUGCUGCCUCUAGCAUAGGGGAAGAAGAAGCUUUGCUGGAAGAGUGGUGCUAGAGUCAGGGUCUCCAUUGCAUCAUGAAAGAAACUGUCUUGCUUCUUUUUUUUUCCCUUCUCCUUUUCAUGUUUUGUUAGUUGGAGCUAAUGUCAAGGGAAACUAGAAAUUUUAGGGGUUCCAAUUUUGAUCCAUGGGCACAGUGUUUGGCCAGAUCUGUGUAUGUAGAUCCAUUUAGAGAAGAAAGUUCCAAUAAGGAUUUUGUUAGGCAAAAGUUUAGGUUGUAAUUUGUAUAACAUAAUGACAGCCAAUAUCAUGGUUUUGAAA